ACGUCAGUCGAAUUUAGUCGUGUUUUGCAGCUCGAUAAGUGAAAUUACUCAAAGUUCCCAUCGCCAAUACGCCAGGUGUAAAGCAGAGUAGCAGCGAGCAGGAACCCGGCUAAAAUUUUCUCUCGGAUCGACACAAAAAUUCUUUUUCGCCCCAGUACUUCGAUUAAAUGGCUUUUCUUCGUACAGUGAUCAGGUGCAGUGUUUACAAAAAGUACGGAUUACUGAUCGAUAAUUUAAAUAGCGGUUUCGGUUCUAAAAUCGAUGUGAAUCAGGCCCUUCAAAAAUCUACGGCAGCAGCAAGUAUAGUUCAAGACCAACAGAAGCAAGCAGUUCAGAGUCCGAAGGAUCCUUUAGAUUUAACUUUUGAAGAUGCAAAGGCGGCCUUUAAGAGCAAAACGAACUGGGAACUUUUGCGAGCUCUCAUCGUUUAUCAGAUGUGUUCCUACGAAACUAUUGUUACUAAUAAUAUGAGGCUAAUGAAAAUUGCGAAGGGCAUCCUGGGAGAAAGACUGUUCAUCCAAUUGAUGAAGGCCACAUUCUAUGGCCAUUUUGUAGCCGGGGAGGACGAGUACAAGAUCCGACCCAAAUUGGAGAGACUUAGAUCUUUUGGCGUUAAGCCAAUUCUAGAUUACUCAGUGGAAGAAGACAUCUCACAAGAGGAAGCAGAAAAACUAGAAGUGGAGGCUUCCGUACCGGCAGCCGGCGACACGUUAGAAGACGGUUCGUUGAAGCAGUACCAUGUGGAGAAAACUUUUGCCGAUAGACGGUACAAAGUGCAAUCUGCUAGGACCUAUUUCUACCUUAACGAGGCGACGUGCGAGAGGAAUAUGGAGAUUUUCAUUAAGUGCCUCGAGGCCAUUGCAGACUACCAGAAGACCGAACCAGGAGCCACCUAUGGUACUGGCAUUACAGCUAUCAAACUGACUGCCCUGGGUAGACCUCAGUUAUUGCUUCAAUUAUCUGAAGUAAUCAUGCGCACCCGUCAGUAUAUGGCUGAAAUUGUCGGCGGUGAAGGUAACGUUCUCACGCAUCACACGAAACCGGAAGAACUAGAGGCCAAGUUCGCAAAGAUUCAGGACAAAGAGUCCCUCCGAAAAUUCCUUACGCAAGUUACGUACGAUAAAGAAGGUAUUCUCCAUCUUUUCCCAUGGUCGGGUAUCAUCGACGAGGACCAAGGAUUGAGCACUACUUUUAGGGUGCCCGACCUGAAGACAGGUCGUAUGGCCAGGUUAAUCACGCAGCUGUCGCCAAAGGAGGAAGAAAUGUUUAAAAACAUGAUUAGGAGGAUAAAUACUAUUGUAAAGGCCGCACAAGAGAUGGACGUCCGCAUAAUGGUUGACGCAGAACAAACCUACUUCCAGCCAGCUAUUACACGUAUUACUUUAGAAUUUAUGCGUAAAUAUAAUAAAGACAAAGCCAUAGUCUUCAAUACAUACCAAUGCUACUUGCGAAAUGCUCUCACUGAAGUAACGACUGAUUUGGAACAAGCUAAACGUCAGAAUUUCUAUUUCGGCGCAAAACUUGUUAGAGGCGCUUAUCUUGAACAAGAAAGAGCUCGAGCUGCUGCCAUGGGCUAUCCAGAUCCUACAAACCCCAACUUCGAAGCUACGAGCGAAAUGUACCAUAAAACUCUUACUGAAUGCCUAAGACGAAUCAAAGCAUUCAAAGAUAAGGGCGAAGAUAAGAAAAUUGCCAUCAUGGUAGCGUCACACAAUGAAGACACAGUCAGAUUUGCAAUAGAGAAAAUGAAAGAAUUCAAUAUUGAGCCAUCUGAUAAAGUUAUUUGCUUUGGUCAGCUAUUGGCUAUGUGCGAUUACAUCACGUUCCCAUUGGGUCAAUCUGGCUACUCUGCUUACAAAUACAUCCCAUACGGUCCAGUAAAUGAAGUGUUGCCUUAUUUGUCUAGAAGAGCGCACGAAAACAAAGGCGUUUUGAAGAAAAUUAAGAAGGAAAAGAGACUGCUCGCUAAAGAAAUUUUGAGACGUUUAGGCACUGGACAAAUAUUUUAUACACCAAAAGGGAAUUAUGUUCCAGUUUAAAAAUAUGUUCCUCCCUCCCCUGUUUAUUCGAGUACCAUAAAACAUCGCCGCGUUUUGUCCGGCUACGACGUAACUUAUUUGUAGAUAAAAUAAGUAGUUUGAAAGCAAAAUUCUUUUUCGUAUUUUCUAAAUAACUGUAUCUGCGUGAAAAUGAAUUGCACCCGAGGCCUAAAGUUUUUUGCAGGAUCUGAUAAGUCUAAAUAGUCAAUUAAGAUAGAAAUGAUUAAAUCUCGAGAUCGAUACAUUUCAUGAAUUUUUGAUGUAAUAUUCUUAAUAAGGACUCUAAUACUAGUUCUCUAUAGUUAAAUUAUGCUAAUUGUAAAAUUAAGUCGACUAUUGAAAACAGUUGUUUGGCUUCAAAGAUUAUGAAAUGUUGAAGAAUAUUGUUUCACGCAGAUCAUAAUAAUAUGUAUGUAAUUUUGCCUAAAUUAUAUUAAAAUUAAAAACUUGUACAGAUGUAAUUUGUGUAUGAAUGUUAUUGAUGUACAUGAUCGUAAAUUAAGUUUUGUACGUUUAAGUGCAAAUUGGAAAAUUUUUAUUACUUAAUUUCUUCAGUAUUUUUUAGAUUUUUAUUUACAAUACAGUGUUUGUAAUUUUCGAUCGAUUAUUACUAAAAAUCAUGAUAUUAUGAGAGAUAUAAUUCAAGGAAUAUAUUUUGCUGAUCGACAUGCCGAUUUCGACAUUUUUGUAGCCUGUGAUUUAAUAAUUUAAUAUAAAAGAAAAGAAAAGAACUCUUACCUAUUAGUGUUUUAUAAAAAAUGUUUCUUUUUGGUGUGAAUCAAAUAAACUUAAUUAAAAU